AGAGAGAAAACAAAACAAACAAAACCGCACGCGGCGGCUGUGCAAGAACGAGAUGAUUCACAGGGCCGCCGGGAAGAAGUGCGAGUGAUGGUUGGAGGGUGGACGGUGGAGGGGGGGAACGGGGAAGGGAGAACACAGACCUCUCCUCCUCUUCGCCAGAGGCGCGACAGCUGUUCGGGAAGGACGUUAUAAAGCGCGGCUGCGUGUGAGCGUGCAACACGUGAUCGACGAGGCACUAUGGACGGCCUGCGGAGUCUCCUGCUGCUACUGCUGCUCCUCCUGGGCGCGUGGUCGGCGCCCCGGGUCGGCGGCAGGCCGACGCUCGCCCCGCCCCGAGAUGUUCCCCCGGCGGAGGCGCUGGCGUUCAUGAAGCAGUUCGGCUACCUGGCGGCCGGCGCGCCGGACACGGAGGCGCUGUACUCCGAGCAGGCGAUGCAGGACGCAGUGCGGACGAUGCAGAGGUUCGGCGGUCUGCAGGAGACGGGCAAGCUGGACACCGACACGCUCAAGCUGAUCUCGGCACAGAGGUGUGGCGUGCCGGACGUGGCCCGGUCUGCGGACAGGCCGCGCCAGAAGCGGUACAUCGUCGGCUCGCAGGGCUGGCGCAAGAGGAACGUCACCUACUUCGUUGCAAACUGGUCACCCAAAAUAGGAGAAGAUGCAGUCGUGUCCGAACUGCAGAGGGCAUUCACGGCUUGGAGCGGUUACGCACGGCUCAAGUUCCAGCAAGUAACGACGCCCGACGCCGACAUCAUCAUAGCAUUUGGGAUAGGUCCGCAUGGAGAUGGGUAUGCAUUUGAUGGUCCUGGCAGCAUACUAGCUCAUGCUUUCUAUCCAUAUGAAAUGGGACAGUAUGGUGGAGACAUGCAUUUUGACGAGGACGAAGAGUGGAGGAUACGACCUUCAGAGUCAGAAGAAGGUGUGGACUUCUUUACUGUUGCUGUUCACGAGAUGGGACACAGUCUGGGACUAUCCCAUUCCACAGUCUCCUCUUCCAUCAUGUUCCCAUACUACAAGGGAACACAAGAGAACUUUCAACUGGACUAUGAUGACAUCUUGGGAAUGUACGAGCUCUACAUUGCCAAUAGCGUACCGGGGGAUGACGAAGCAAAUCAGGACAGUGAUUCUGGAAGUACGAGUGGCCACGAGAGCGAUGACGACAACGAGGUGAACCCCAAAAGCACGACACCGCGACCAACGACCACGACGACGCCAUCCACCACGACAACCAGGUCCGCAGAGGCCACCGUCUCGUACAUCGGCGACGACGAGGACGUUGACGAGCACCUGAGCCACGCGCCGACCCGACACACCCCCACAGCCUCGCCUGUCCCCGAUGCUUGCAAGGGGGACUUCGAUGCUGUGGCGAACCUCAGGGGCGAGCUGUUUGUCUUCAAAGAUAAGUACGUAUGGAGGCUCUCCCAGAAAGGUCAAGUUCAACCAGGAUAUCCUGUGCUAAUACACCACCUAUUCUGGAAAUUCCCAGAGACUGUUAAACGGAUAGAUGCUGCUUACCAGAGGCCAACAGAUGGAAAUUUAAUAUUUUUCACAGGAGACCAUUACUGGGUGUUUAACGGUGACAACUUUGUGGAAAACAGUCCUCAGCCUUUGACAAACUACGGUCUGCCUUCACAUCUAACCCACAUUGAUGCGGCAAUGGUGUGGGGAAAAAAUGGGAAAACAUUCUUUUACACGGGAGAUCAGUACUGGCGUUUCAAUGAAACAACUCGUACAAUGGACGCUGGUUAUCCGAAGAACAUCGCCAAGUGGAGAGGAGUUCCUCCAAGCAUAGAUGCGGCGGUGACGUGGACUGAUGGUUUCACCUACUUCUUCAAAGGGUCACUGUUCUGGAGGUUUGACAAUUACUGGAUCAAGACAGACAAGAGGUACCCACUGCCAGCACCCCAGAACUGGCUGGGGUGUCCUGAAAAGUUGGAUACUGUCUGGUGGUGAAAACUGCUACGUGUUUUAUUUAUUUUUUUCCACUGUUUUAUACGUCUACAAAACACCAAUUAUCUAAAGUGAAUAAUAAACUUGUUAUAAAAAAA